CCGAGAUCCAGCACAAGACCAUACGCCCACUGCUGGAAGGGAGGGAUGUUUUGGCUGCAGCUAAAACAGGAAGUGGUAUAACUCUGGCUUUCCUGAUUCCCUCCAUUGAGCUCAUCUACAAACUCAAAUUCAUGCCCAGGAAUGAACACACCCGGAUUCAUGUUUAAGAACCUUCAGUGUCUGAUCAUUGAUGAGGCUGACAGGAUUCUGGAGGUGGGCUUUGAGGAGGAGCUAAAGCAGAUUAUCAAACUACUGCCAAAAAAAAGGCAAACAAUGUUGUUUUCAGCAACGCAGACACGUAAAGUGGAAGAUCUUGCGAGAAUCUCCCUCAAGAAGGAGCCCCUGUAUGUGGGGGUGGACGACCACAAAGACACAGCCACUGUGGAAGGACUUGAGCAGGGUUAUGUUGUAUGCUCGUCUGAGAAGCGGUUCCUGCUUCUCUUUACUUUUCUGAAGAAAAACCGUAAGAAGAAGCUGAUGGUGUUUUUCUCGUCCUGCAUGUCUGUUAAGUAUCACUAUGAGCUGCUCAAUUACAUCGACCUGCCCGUCAUGGCCAUUCACGGGAAACAGAAACAGACGAAGAGAACUACCACAUUUUUCCAGUUCUGUAACGCAGACUCUGGGAUUCUGCUCUGUACUGACGUGGCUGCCAGAGGCCUUGAUAUCCCAGAGGUGGAGAUUUUUCAGUAUGAUCCUCCUGAUGAUCCAAAGGAGUACAUCCACCGUGUUGGGCGAACGGCUCGUGGUAUUAAUGGUAGAGGACAUGCCCUCCUGAUCCUGAGGCCAGAGGAGCUCGGCUUCUUACGAUUCCUCAAACAGGCCAAAGUUCCCUUGAGUGAGUUUGAGUUCUCCUGGAGUAAAAUCUCUGAUAUUCAAUCUCAGGUGAGACUUCAGAUGCUCAGUUCUAACAAUGGAAGUAUAUUAAAUCUCUAA